AUGGCUGCAGCGGUCGAGGACCCCCACCUCGGCUCAGGUCCUGAUGAGGAUGCAUCUGAAGUAUCUCUAUCAGGGAGUGACUCUGAUUCAGACAGUAUCCUCUCUGAUGACUCGGUGCUCCCAGACUAUCAGCGGGAGAUAGCAAAUGGGUGUCCAGCAUCAAAACUAUAUGAUGCAUGUGCUCGUAACGAACCCCUCUCCCUCCGGAAGAUUCUGGAGAGGGGAGUCACAAAAGAGGAGGCCAUGGAGUUGGACAUCAAUGGCUGGAAUGGCUUGAUGGUGGCUUGCUGCAAAGGCUUUUUGGACAUUGUGUAUGGCCUCCACAACUGUCCCUAUCUAGACAUAAAUCACCAGGACAAUGAAGGCAACACUGCACUGAUGAUUGCCUCCCAAGCAGGCCAUGCCAGCACUGUCAUGUAUCUCCUAAACUACUUUCCUGGUAUAGACACUGAAAUAAGGGAUUGCCGUGGUUUCACAGCCCUCAUCAAAGCUGCUAUGACAGGCCGCAAUGACACAGUGGCUGCGCUUGUCAUGGCUGGGGCUGACAUACAUGCAGUAGACUCUACACGUAGUAAAUGUGCUCAGGAUUGGGCACUGAAAACAGGCCGCUAUGACACCAUAUACCGGCUCCGACGCCUUACAUUGCGUCGAAAAGCUGUGCAAUUCUGUGAGAGUUACAUCCCUGAGUGGCCCGAGCUCAAGGAGAGAGUAGCCAAGGCCACAGCUGACAAAAGUGCUGGGGCAAAAAUCACCCAGCGAAUCAAAAACACCUUUGGCUUCAGCUUUCCUCGUGACCCCCAGGACAACGGGGUCUUGGACCACAUGGUGCGCAUGACCACCAGCAUCCACAGUCCACUGAUAGCAACUGGGUGCCGUCCACUCUGCCCCACUAGCCCUCCUGAGAUAGGGAAGCGCCGCCUGGCUGUGCAGGAGCUGGCCAAGAAACACUCAGAGAAGGAGUUAGAGGAGAGCUCAGUGAGCCACAGCACUAGCUCACUAUCCCACAUCUGCUCCUCCAUCCACUCCUCAGAGUCUCCUACCAUGGUCUGCUGUGCUGAGCCAGAGCGGCGGGGCAGUAUCCUAUCACUGGCCUCUGCCAAGGUUACCACAUUCAUUCCCCGCAGUAUGACACGGAGGAACAGCGUGUUUCCCUCUGGCUGUAUCCCCAAGAUCAAUGUCACCAAGUCUGGAGAGCCCACGCCAAAGAAAGAAAAGAAGAAGAAGAAGCAGAAGGGCUACCUGGAACCACCGAAGUGGAAGUACAAGGAGGCCAGGGAGGAGAAAAAGAAGGAGAAAAAGAAGUCUGAUAAAGAAAAGACAGACAAAGAGAAAAAAGAAAAGGAGAAAAAGAAGGAGAAAAAAUAA